AGGGCUGCGCGGGCUGAUGCUGGCCGUGGUGCUGGCCGCGCUGAUGUCGUCGCUGGCCUCCAUCUUCGCCAGCUCGGCCGCGCUCUUCACGCUCGACGUCUACAGGAGGGUGCGGCCGGGGGCGGGGCCACGGCACCUGCUGCUGGCCGGCAGGCUGUGGGUGGUGGCCAUGGUGGGGCUGAGCCUGGCCUGGCUGCCCGUGGUGGAGGCGGCGCGGGGCGGGCAGCUCUUCGACUACAUGCAGGCGCUGGCCUCGUACCUGGCCCCGCCCGUGGCCGCCGUCUUCUUCCUGGCCGUGUUCGUGCCCCGCGUCAACGAGCCGGUGAGCGCCGCACCUGGGCGCACCUGGGGGGGAGAUCAACACACCUGGGGGCGCCUGGGAUCUAUUGGG